CUGAGAGGGAAGGAGAUCCUCUAGACUGGGUGAAGGGGACAGGGAAGGACAGUGCCAUUCCUCGCCUCUCUUCGACAAUGGCUCUGCCUCUUAAGGUCCUGAGUCGGAGCAUGGCCAGCGCAGCCAAAGGAGACCAUGGAGGGGCAGGAGCCAACACCUGGCGCCUCCUGACCUUUGUACUGGCUCUCCCCAGCGUAGCCCUCUGCUCCCUUAACUGCUGGAUGCACGCUGGCCACCACGAGCGCCCAGAGUUCAUCCCUUAUCACCACCUCCGCAUCCGAACCAAGCCCUUCUCCUGGGGAGAUGGUAACCACACACUUUUCCAUAAUCCUCACGUCAAUCCCUUGCCCACCGGCUAUGAGCGCCCUUGAAGUCUCAGCAGACACACUCUUCCAACGUCUCCAAAUUGACCUUCUGCAUACUGGCUCUGAGCACCCCUGAGGCUCCAGUGGACAGCACAAUAAAGGUGUGCAAGUUUUG